AUGGUAGCAGACUGGUCUAACUUACCUGAGGAGCUCCUCAACUUGAUCUCUGUUCGAUUGUUCUCCGUCCUCGAACUCCAACGUUUCCGUAGCAUCUGCACAUCUUGGCGGCGUUCCUCUGUUCCCGGCACUCCUUUCCAGAGCCGCCGCCGUCUAUUCCACUUCGAUUCCAUCUCCCCUAGCAGCCCCGAGACGUUCCUCUCGCACAAUGCCUUUUUCCGAGUCUCUCUUUCCUCUUCCCCGAGCAAGGGCUGGAUUAUCAAAUCCGACAUGGACAUCGUAAACUCCGGGAGAUUCUAUCUCCUUCACCCUCUCUUGCUUUGUCCUUUGCACUGUUAUUUUGAGAGCAUAGAUCUUUUGGAGUUCACUGUCUCUGAGAUUCAAGAAGCAUGUGUGGUUCUUGAUGAAGCCAAGGCAAGAGUAACUACUCCCGGAUUCGAAAGAAGUGUUCUUGUCCAGCUCAACGUUGGAGGAGAUCAUCAUCAUGGAGUUCUUGGAGUCGGUUGGGAUGGAGAUAUCAACUACUGGGAUGGAAAUAUCUUUUGGAAACUUGAACAAAAGAGUGAUCCUCACUUCGCCGACAUUAUAGUUCACAAAGGGGUGACUUGCGUUUUGGAUUCACAAGGUAUUGUUUGGUGUAUUAGUUCUGAUCUUGAAUUCUCUAGGUAUGGAACUACUUCAGUAGAUGAAACAGUCACUAAUGGCUGUUGGGGAGACAUGAGAUUUGUGGAAUGUGGUAGAGAUCUUUAUGUUGUCGAGCGACUCCCGAAAGUGAAUCCCCAAAUGAGAAAAGCUAAUAUUGGAACACGUAAGUAUUCCAGAACGGUCGGUUUCAAAGUUUACAAGAUGGAUGAGGUGUUAGUGAAAUGGGUAGAGGUUAAGACCUUGGGAGACAAAGCGUUUUUAAUGGCUAGUGAUACUUGUUUCUCGGUUUCGGCUCAAGACUUUUACGGAUGCCUCGAAAACUCUAUUUACUUCUUUGAGAAAUUAUGCACAAAGGUGUUCAAGUUAGACAAUGGUAAUGGUAAUGGACGUAUUAUCUCAUCAAAGUCGUCGAAGAGUUGUUUCCAAAUGUUUUCUCCUAGCUUUUUCUGA